UAGUCCUGAGAGCAUACCUUAAGAGCCUCUGUCAGUUGCAAAUCGUAACGACUUAGGAACGUGUUGGGGGUCCGUGAAAGGUUAAAUGUCAGUUGAGUUGUGUUCAAAGAAAAAACCAGUCAGGCCUUGAUAGCAAAACUACAAGACAAGGUUGUUAAGAAAGGACCUUGUGGCUAACCAUGUUAGCCAGCGAUGUGGACUAGCUUAGCUACGUGGACGGACGCGGAUUGGCGUUAACUCGUGUCACCUGCACCCACUGGCUAGUGUCUAGCUAAACUGCGUAGGUUAGAAAGAAAUCAAACCUCUUGGUCGGUUGUCAUCGACAACCUGCACACCCAGGAGCUCGUCUCCGAAGACUGUCUGCAGUAAGGUUGUAUGCCCAGUGUUGCUUUUGAUUUGUGGCAGACGGUGCCUAUCAGAUUGGCACUAGGACAGGGAGCAGAAAAUGAGAGGUCUGGCUAUUGGUGUUUGCUGGCCAGCCUAGAUGCAGAUAUGCCCCGGUGGUCCACUCCCUAAUGGACCGAGACACCUUCUCCCACAUUCGCCUGUGGUGCCCACGCCCCUUUGGCACCUACUCCCAGAACAAGGUUCGCAAUGCAGGCUCAGGGGUCAGUGGUGGAGGGACAGGGCCCCCCUCCCUCUGCAAGGUUGAGCCCUCUGCAGGAGGCAUAAGGUCGCUGGAUGAAAAUGAGGGCGGAGGGAUGAUUUUGGGAGAGCAGGAGGAGAACGGAGAUGGGGAUGAGGAAGGUGCUGGUUCGGAGAAUACACCCCCUGACUCUGAGCUCAGCUCCAUCUCCCUGACACAGAGUCAAGCCCCUCCGCCCUCCUCAGCCCCUUCCUCACCACCCUCUUCAGGGGCACAGAUGGAGGAUGGCCGUGUGCUGUUGGAUACCUGGUAUGUUAUCAAGCCAGGAAACACCAAGGAGAAGAUUGCCUUCUUCGUUGCACAUCAGUUCAGUGGAGCAGGGCUGCCCAGACCCAGUGCCAUGAAGGUGAAAGGUAACUGGGCAACUGACUGCAGUAAGGCAAAACGACGAAGGCGAUGCUCCUCUUAUGACCCUCCAACCCGUUCCAAAACCAGGUCAGAUGCCCACCUUAAACAUGACCCCUCUCCGGCUCCUGAUUCUUCUCCCAGCCCAGAUGAGCCACCACUGGGAGGGGUGAGUGAGACAGACCUGCUGUCUGUGGCAGAGAUGGUGGCCUUGGUUGAGCAGAGGACGGCAAUGGCCCUCCAGGGGAUGGUGGCUGUUCAGGGCAGCCAGCAACAGCACCAGCUUCCUAUUUCCCACAGUGAUGGGCUCCCUUCCCACCAGCACACCGUCAUCCAGGGCACUGUGUCAGACCCAACCCCUUUGGUGUUUCUGUCAGAAAGUUCAGAGCCCCAGCCCUCUGUGGAACCACCAGAAUCAUCUUCUCCCAUCCAGACUGACCAAGAGCUAGAGGACCAGCAACAGGAAUCGUGCAGGGUAGCUCAAGCCAUUGCACACUUUGAGUCCCAGAACCUGGAAAAUAGACUCAGACUAGGCUCUGGCUGUGCAAGUGGAAUAGACUCAUUUAAUAAAGACAGAGAAAGGGAGCGUAAAAGAGGAGGUGAGUUGGGGGCUGGUGUUGCAGCCCCUCCCCCACCACCCACCCAUGGUCAUGGCGAGGUAAGGAUAGCUUUUCGUGUGUCCAGCAUGGACCCACGGUCCCAGUCGGAACCUGUUGGCAGACCCCACUGUAUGUUUAUGAGCUGUGGUGGUGGGAGCAGUCAGACAGGAGCCAGGGCCAAAGAAAAGAUCACCUGCGACCUCUACCAGUUAGUCAGCCCCUCCUCAAGAGACCCAAGCAGCCUUUUGCUUGCUGCUGCCUCUGCUGCCCCCAAACCAGAUGGAGACCACCCAGACAGGCAGCCAUGCAGUAGCCCAGAUCCGGCCCAAGAGCUUUCUUCUGCGGAGAAGAAGGCUGUGGGUGUGGGGAGGGAGAGAGUGACUGGUUUCCAUGUAGAAGUGGUCGUGACAGGUGCUGUGGACCAGUGUGUGUUUUAUGGAAAAGACAGCACAGAGAAUGUGCAGGAGGAAACUGUGUGUUUUGGAAUGUCUGGUGGAGGAGGGGGAGGCGGGAGUGUAGGCAGCUCCACUGACCCUUCUUCUGAUGAUCCUCCACCUGGGCAGCUCUUUUUUCUUCAGCCAUCCCGGGUCCCAGAGGAGGAUGUGAAAGGAACAGGUAACAGCAGCGGAUCAGCAGUGUGCUCUUUGGACUGUGCCAACAAUAACAGUUCUGGAAAGGGGGUGGUAGCGGGCUCGGGGGAGCGGGUAUCACGGCCAGACUCUCCCCUGACUAGCGUAGGGGUAGUGGAUGACUGCUCUGACCCUUCCCUGUGCCGUCUCUACCGGCAUGUCUCUCACGACUUCCUAGAGAUUCGCUUUCAGAUCCAGCGUCUACUAGAACCGCGCCAGUACAUGUUGCUGCUCCCAGACCACAUCAUGGUCAACAUCUUUAGCUACUUGCCCACACGUUCCCUGGCUGCUCUCAAGUGCACCUGCCAUGACUUCAAGGCGCUGAUUGAGACCUAUGGGGUGCGGGCAGUGGACUCUCGCUGGAACCAAGACCCUCUCUAUCGAGAUGAUCCCUGCAAGCAGUGUAAGCGGCAGUAUGAACGUGGGGACGUUUCCCUCUGCCGCUGGCACCCCAAACCUUACCACCAUGACCUGCCUUAUGGACGCUCCUACUGGAUGUGUUGUCGACGUACAGACAAGGAUACACCAGGCUGCCGUGUUGGGCUCCAUGAUAACAAUUGGGUUCAGCAGCCAGCUAACGGUUCCCAGCCUAUCCGCACCAGGAGGGAGGAGAGAAGGGAGGAGGCCAGGUAGAGAGGCAAGGAGGAGUUGUCCUCCUCCAUCAAAGUAACUCAUAUCUCCUCCAGCAUCCCUUGGUCUUCUUUCCUCUACUGUUAUUCAGAGAAAAAAUUUCAAAAGGACAGAGAGGAAUUGGCACUCCCAAGACUUUUUUUUUUCUCCAGUACUCCUUCCUCUUAUUUUGCCCUAAGUAGAAGGGAGAUUAGAGGAGGGGGAGAGGUGUGUUUCUCUCCCUGCCUUUUCAAGCCCUCCAAAAUCUCCCUCUCUCCUUUCUCUGCUCCGACGGUGGCGCUUCUUGAAAGUUUGCAUACCAGGGUUGGGGUCACCCCUGCUGCUCCUUCAGUCAGCUCUCUUGUCUCUUAUUGUAGUCAAGUUUCUUUCUAACUCUGUACUAGGUUAGUAGGCACCUUUCUAACUCUGUACUAGGUUAGUAGGUACCUCUUAAAGUCUGCAGUGUAUUUUACUAACACUCAUAAAGUGAUGCCUAGAAUUGUAAUGCCCUAGAGUCUAGGUACUGCUCCUGCUAUGGCCAACUCUUAGUUGUUCUGUUCUUUGUGGCGUAUUUUACCCAUAAUCAUUCAUGUUAGCUGUACAAUGCUGCUUUCAAGAAAUGAGCUGUACAGGCUCCUAAAGAUGUAACCUUUCAGUGGUGGAAUGUCCAGCAUUAAAGUGGAAAUGUGAUUGUAUCGAGCUAACUUUCUUAUGUGCGAGGUUGCCAUUCGUGCUGUACCUGACCUAUGCCAUGUGUUUCUUUUUCUAUGAAUGUGCUGUAAUGUGCUGUAGCUUUUCUGAACAGCCCCAAAUAAUGCUGCUGAAAUGGCUGCCUGUCACUGAUGUUAACUCUGUUGUAGCCAUACUGUUGGUCGGCGACAGCCCCGUUUCUUCCUUCUAGCCACUCUACUGGCAACUGAGAUCUGUUUUUCAUCCUCAUGCAGCUGACCCCAACCUUGUUUACCAGCUAUACGGAAGAGCCACAGACGACUUCCUGUUUUGUUGUUUUUUUUCCCCAGAAAAUGGGAGAUCAUUUAUUGAACUUAGACCAGAGGGAUUGAAUUGGAGGGAAAGAAGACUUGAUGUCACUUUGCAAAGGCCUGAUGUCACUUUGUAUGGUUUGAUUGACUUGCUUGUUUGCUAUUUUUAUUUGGUUGUUUUAUUGGGGUGUAUGUAAGAGAAUGUUUGCUGUUAUUCCCAUUUUUUCUCUUUUGGACUGUGGUUUCCCUGACUCAGUUUGACCCUGUCCUCACCCCUGCAAAUGAUUUUUAAGAAACUCCAUCUUUGUUUUAACACUGAUUCUCUCCACCCCUCUUCCCCUCCUUCCUCCCUGCAAUACGACAGAGGGCAAUGUUUGACUAAGCCGUUAUUAUCGCUUUGAGGCGGAUGAAACAAACCAGAGACCAUAGAAGCUCUAUACACCAGCUUCCAGCCUUAAAACCCCCCCUACCUCUUGCCCGCCCCAUAGGAUAGUGAGGUGUCAGAUACCUUACAAAGAUACAAACAUUAUUGGGAGUUGCACAGGAGCCCAUACGCAGGUAUGUCUCCAGUCACUAUAACGCUAAAAGAUCCACAACUCUUUUGUGCGAGUGUAGUUGGGUAAACUGAACAGUGCCUGGUGACAGUUCUGCCUCUUGAUUCUUUUGAAGAACCUCCUUUCUCUCUCCCCUCCACUGCGCCUAGUUUGUUAACCCCCACCCCCCACCCCCACCUCUGCAAACUGACAGACUGGACCUGACCUACAGAAUGAUGCUGAAACGCUGCAUGGAGGGGGAUAGACAGUGGGGGAGGCAUGGGAGAACCUGCAAGGUCUAGAUAUGUACAAUGCUGAUGGGAAAAUAUCUGCUUAAAUAAAAACAGAAGUGAUUAAACUGGAAAUCUGGACAACUGCCUUACGUUUGUGUGUGU